AGCCGGACUAGAAAUAGGUCUUGAUAAAGUUUCAUGUUUUUGUUUUAUUAAACCCACCCAUUCUGGAAACGUUGCGCCGGCUGAUUGGCUGUGCCCUGAGCUGGACUGUGCCAGCCAACGACUAUAAAAGGAAGCGUCUGUACUAAGCACUCUUCGAUAUUAUUACAACAACUCACAGACAGCCCCUGGUAACAUCCUUUGGAAACAGCAAAGGUUCCAUUGGAUUGGCACAAACUCCAUUCGGUAGGCAGGGAGCAAACUGCCCAGCCCUUGAGUCUGCAACUCGUCUGAGCCUGGCUGCACCAUGGCUACUUCAGAGAAUGAAGGGGAUUCUCAGAAAUUGCGUUUUGGCCCCUGGCUGAUUAAAGAGAUCAACAGCAACAAAUAUGAAGGGAUCCGCUGGACAAAUGAAGCCCACACUGAGUUUCGUAUCCCUUGGAAACACAAUUCCAGGAGGGAUAUUACCAACAAUGAUAAUGAAAUUUUCAGGGCCUGGGCCAUCGCCAGUGGAAAGUACCAUCCAAAUAUCCAAGAUCGAGCCAGGUGGAAAACCAACUUCCGCUGUGCCCUGUGUUCCACUAACAUGUUCGUGAUGGUGGAAGAUAACUCCAAGAACUCCGACGACCCCCACAAAGUGUACAGAAUCAAGCAGCCCCUCGCUGUGGCAACAAACAAUGCUCCCGCUACUGCAAACCAUAUACUGCAGGAGGAUGAAGACGACAAAGACAAGCUUGACAUGAGACCUCCUACUGUGAAAGUCCCCGUUCUGUCACAACCUACAUCUCGGAUAGAGCUGCAGAUAGAAAAUGGUUUUCAGAGUUUAUCGCUGAGAAACCCUCCUCAAGAAAUGGACAGCAUGCAGGCUGGAAGGGCAGACUACUACCUCUUUCGGGAUCAGAUGAACAUCUGCCAUCAUUCCACUUCACAUGAUUACCCUGAUGAACCUGACCUACUGGAGUGGUUUAUGAGUCCUUCGUUGCUGCCCCUCAUUGCUGGAGAGGAAGGUCCAUAUUAUCAACCAAACCAAAGUAAUUACCCCCAAGAGGAGAACAGAGUGCCAAAUGGACCAGUGGAGAAUUAUACCCCAGUUAUCCACUGGGCAGUCGAACCUGUGGCAGAAUUCCAUCCAGUGCAGAAUGGUUAUACCCCUUCUGCUGCUUCAUUUCUCCAGCAGGACCUUUCACACAGUGCUGCCAUACCUGUCACAGGUCACCUUAAUAACACAGGAAUCCUGUCUGGAGGGAGAUCUCAGCACAGCAACCACCCUGGUACCCAGAACAUCUUCCUGAAUGAAGCCCCUGAUGGAAAUGCCAUUGUCUAUCAAACUGAGCUAGCAGAGAAUGGCUCUAACCAGUUGGCGGACCAGUGGAUGGCCCCUGCCGCAGUGGAGCAGAUUAUGCUCAACCCCCAUGCUGCCCCCCUUCCACAGGAACCUUCUCACAACACAGUCCCUCUGCUGAACAACACAGGAACCGUCCCACCCAAUCUGGAGAUCACCAUCUACUACCGGGGGAAGCAGUCCCACCUCGUGGAAGUGACCCAGAGCAAGUGCCUGUUCACAUACAAUAAUGAAGACCCUGCCCUCCCCCAGGACUGCAUGCAGGUGGUGCAUUUCCCAAGCCCAGACCAUUUGGCAGAUCACAAGCAGGUUCAUUUCACCAAGCAUCUGCUCCAGAAUGCCAGGCUGCAGCUGGAGCAGCGGAACAACAGGAUCUAUGCCCGACGCCUGGAUAAAUGCAAGGUUUUCUGGGCCUUCUCCAAGCAGCUGGCCAAUAUGACUCAGUGCCCUGAGCCUAGGCUGCUGCCACGCAGUACAGAUGUGGAGCUCUACAACUAUGAGGCCUUCUGGGAAGAGCUGAAGGACUUUCAUGAGCACCGCAGGGAGUGUUCUCCUGACUUCACCAUUUACCUUUGCUUUGGGCAGUGCUUCUCAGAGACCAGGGCCAAGGAAACCAAGUUGAUCCUGGUGAAGCUGGUGCCUAAGUUCUGCGAGAAUCUCCAUGAGAUGGUGCUGAGAGAAGGCACCUCAUCCCUGAACAGUGGGAACCUGAGCCUGCAAAUGUCCACCUCUUUCAACAGCCUGUAUGCCUUCCUCGAGCAAUUCAGCAUGCAAAUCGAGUGAGCCCCCUCUCCUCCUAAAGUGCCUUCUGGGGGGCGAGUAACAGCUGCUCUCAUUCCAUGCCUGAGCCUCUGCGUGACUGGACUACAUUUGAAAAUACUCCACCCCACCUCCCUGCUAUUGGUGUGGGGCUUUAGGAUCCCAUCUGGAAACAUGGGCUAGAUGAGGAUGCUGCAGCCAGCUGGCAUCUUACCUUUGGGUAAAAGCAGCUCUGUCCGAAACUGAUGGCUACAUGUUCCACAAGUUUUAAUGUCCUCCUUGGUCCUUUAAAGACAGACGAAAGACUACAGUAGACAAAACCUCACAACACACCUUUCCAGCCCUGAAAAGUCUACUCAAUAUGGAAUCAAAGUUUUUUUUUGCCAGAUUGUGCUUUCUGAAGUAUUACAGAGAAAACCUAUAAGAGCAAACAUUACCAAUGUGCUGGCACUAGGGCGUCUAACAGGAUUCAUUCCCAGCCCUGCCAUAGACCUCCCGAAUGACCUCUGCCAAAUCACUUAACACAAAGGUUGCAUACCUGUAAGCCAAGUGUUUGACAUGAGCCUCUGCAUGUUCCCUCUUAUCAUAUCAAAAUAUGAGCUGGUGGUAGUACAGAAGAGGGAAUGUACCAAAGCCACCUAAAGAAGGCCCACCAUUUACAGACCCAUAUUUAAGGUGCUGUUUUUCAAAGGGCUACCUUCUAUUCCCAGCAAAGUCACCCCUGAUUUUCACAAAUCCCAACGAUGAGCCAUAGCUGGGUACCUGAGCAAAAUGUGUAGCUUUUCAGAAGUACUCAGAGCUCCCCAGUGAAGCCAAUAAGCCUAUAGAGGGGCUUGAGGAGUUUCUAGAAAGGGAAGGCUAACACCUAAUGUUAGGCAUCAAAACCUGGGCAACAUGAUCUGAGAGGGGUGAAGGCCAACAUCCUUCAUCUGUAAAGUUGGCUAUGAUCUGCCUCAAAAUGGAGCAAGGGCUUUCACCUUUAUAACUUGUCUUGGGAUACUCAGGUGACAACACGUAUCAUCAAACUGAAUAUUUAUAACCAG